AAUCUGCAAACGUCGUCCCCUAUCCAUAGAACCGCAAGCUAAAAACAGGCCACAUCUGGCGGAGAGUUUGUAGGGGGGUGUAAUUUAAUUAUAAUCCACUGGUCCCGGGAUCGAAACCCGGGUCGUGCAUCGGGUCUUUAAACAAUCAGUCCAUUGACUGACGCCACGAGGAUGCGUAAUUAUGAGCACUUCCCGUAAAAUCUUAUCAGAAUAUACUGGUUACUGUAGAGCUUUAUUUAGCGCCAUCCCUGGAAAACCCACCCAAAAAAAUUAAUGAGGUAAAAGAAGGAAAUUUAGCGACCUUGUUAUUCUCUUGGUAUUUUUGAUGCAGAUGCUUUGAGAACCCAACCGUCCAGAGUUCGAAUCCCAUACGAUGGGCAAGCCGGACAAACUGUUGGUUUUGUGGGUUUUUUGUUUUUGCUUUGAUUUGCACAAUGCAUCUGUCGAUCCUGAAGACAUAGCCUGCCUCUCAGGGGUCAUGAAUUCGAUUCAGGACCCCGCCCAAAAGCUGAGACAGUGGACGAAGCAAAAGCUACAGUCGCCCUGCAACGGUACGUUUUCCGAGCUCGAAGGCGUGACCUGCAACAAUGAGCGGGUCUACAAGCUCAGCUUCGCCGGUUUCGGCCUCACCGGCUCGAUUUCACCCUUCAUCUCCAACUGUACCAAUUUGCAGUCUCUCGAUCUCUCGGCUAACUUUCUUUCGGGUGUGAUUCCAACGGAAGCACAGUUUCUGGUGAAUCUCGCUGUGCUGAAUCUCAGUGUCAAUCAGCUCUCGGGUUCGAUUCCCCCGCAGCUCGCGGCCUGUGCUUAUCUGAAUGUCAUUGAUCUGCACAACAACAAAUUGAGCGGGCUUAUUCCGCCUCAGCUUGGUCUUCUGGCGAGGCUCAGCACCUUCGAUGUUUCGCACAAUGAUUUGCAGGGUAUGAUUCCUACGACGCUCGUGAAUCGAACUGUGAACCUGCCGAGGUUCAAUGCGAGCUCAUUUGUGGGGAACAAGAAGCUUUACGGCUAUCCUCUGCCGCUGCCGAAAAAUCGCGGGCUUUCUGUGCUGGCUAUUGUAGGGAUCGGACUGGGAAGCGGUUUGCUCAGCCUGGUUGUGAGCUUUACAGCCGUUUGUAUUUGGCUAAGGGUUACGGAACAGGGUAUGGCUGCGGAAGAAGGGAAAAUCACACAGCUUAUGCCCGAAUAUUAAUUGAACCCUAACCCUAGCACUAGAUCGAGCCCCCGUUCGACCAGGGUUCCAGUCCCUUUACCUCCGGCGGAGUAAAGGAUCGUUUCUCUUUAUGACGAAUUGGAAAUACAAUGUACUUACAGUGUACUAGUAUGUCGAAGGUUCGAGUCUCCCAAGCGGCAAUAGCAUUAUGGCGAAGGGAACGAGUGGUCUGCGUCAAUUGAUCUAUGGAAGUAGCCCGAAUUAAAUACAUUUGAUCUGUAGAGUCCUUUUUGCUUUGCAUUUAAUGGGCUGUUUUUUUUCAAGUUAGUUUGUGUAUUUGAGGGCGUGUAUUGCUUCUGGCCGCCAGAUAUAAUAUGCAGAUUAUAUUAUAGUUACUAACACAUCUCUCUGUUCUGGACUAUACUCUGUAACAGUUGUAAGAGAAUGGAUUUAUUUUUCAUACUGAGAUAUAUACAUUGCUGGUUUGUAGAUAA